AUGAGCGCCGCAGCAACUACAGCAGGCCUCCAGCAGCAGCAACGGUGCGCAGCAGACAUGAGCGCCCAGGCAUCCCAGGUAGCCGCAUCCAAGCACCCGUCCCCGUCCACCACGCGCCCGGAGCCACGGGACCUCUUCUGGAACCGAACCACGGCGCAGGAGCAGCCGCAUCCAUCACCACGCAGCAGCGGUGGCAGCGGCGGCCGCCACUCGUCAUCCCAACAGCAGCAGCAGCAGCAGCAGGCAGCCGCCGCGGCCAACGAGGUUCGCACCGUGCUCCUGUACGGCGUGCCCAUCGUGGCGCUGGUGAUCGAGGGCCAGGAGCGGCUCAGCCUGGCGCAGAUCUCCAACACGCUGCUCAAGGACUACUCGUACAACGAGAUACACAACCGUCGCGUGGCCCUGGGCAUCACCUGCGUCCAGUGCACGCCCGUGCAGCUGGAGCUGCUGCGGCGAGCGGGCGCCAUGCCGGUCUCGUCGCGGCGCUGCGGCAUGAUCACCAAGCGCGAGGCCGAGCGGCUCUGCAAGUCCUUCCUGACGGACACGCCGCCGCCGAAGCUGCCCGAAAACUUCGCCUUCGACGUGAGCCACCAGUGCGCGUGGGGCUGCCGGGGCAGCUUCGUGCCGGCGCGAUACAACUCGUCGCGCGCAAAGUGCAUCAAGUGCGCCUACUGCUCGCUCUUCUUCAGCCCCAACAAGUUCAUCUUCCACUCGCACCGACUGCCGGACUCCAAGUACGUGCAACCGGACGCAGCAAACUUCAACUCCUGGCGGAGGCACAUCAAGCUCAGUGGGACUCCUCCGGAGGACGUCAGCUACGCCUGGGAGGACGUCAAGGCCAUGUUCAACGGGGGCUCGAGGCGACGCGUGGCCGUCUCUUCUUCUUCCUCGUCCUCGUCCUCUUCCGCGGCCUCCAAGAGGGCGCGCUCCUCGGCUGGCGACAGGGACGCUCUCCAGGCGCCGAAGCCGCAGCCUCAGCCGGUGACCGCCCCGCCGGCGCCCUACUUUCCGGUGCUGCCUCUGUCGAGCGGCGCGCCGGCGGCGCUCUUCCCGCCGCCGCUGCUGUGCCUGAGCGGCAGCAAGGCGACCGGCGGCGGAACACCGGUGUUCGGCGACUACGUCUGGAUGGGCGGCGGCAGCGCCAAGCCCUACGGCACGGCCGCCCUAUGGCCUCCACCGCCGCCGCCGCCAGGACCGCCGAGGCUGCUGGCCGCCGAGCCGGCCUUCGCGUCUUCGCUGGCCGACGAUGCGCCGCCGACCGCGCUGCUGGGAGGCCUGGGGGGCGGCGCGCCGCCGCUGUCCUACGCGUCCGCCUUCAGGCCCGUGGCCGGCACGGCCGUGGGCCGCGUCGCCAGGUCUCCCACGCUGCGGUCGUCGACGCCCGCCUGCGACACGACCACGGACCCGAGCCGCGCUGCUUCGGGUGGCGGUGCGACGGGGGCGGCUGCGGGCUCCGAGGCCAGCGACGGGGCGCGCUCCGAGGACGAGGACUCGGACAGCUUUCAUGGCGAGGUGGACGUCACCGACACCAGCAGCGACGACGGCCGCACGAUGGUGGCCGCCGCCGCGCCGGCGCACACCAGCUUGAAUGACCUCGGCAAUAACUCGGAUGUGGCAUCCUUACGUAAUUUGACGUCACUUGUGCUCGCAGCGUCGCCGCCGCCAAGCCCAGCGGCUUCGGAGACAGCGGCCGAGAGUCGAGCGGACGGUGGCCGCACGCCGGUGCCGGACACCAGCGACGCUGGUAUCGCCAACAAGCAGGACGAAGAGACGAACAAGCGCGACGCUGAGCCAGAGAACGCCGUGACGUCCGUGGUGCAGCUGAUCAAGGAAGAGUGCCGGAAGCGAGACGCCCUCGAGGCGUCGCCAUAUUCGGAAACGCAAACCUUCGACCACUCUUUGGAUCCUUCGAGCAUAUUCACACUUAGCAAAGAUGAGCUACGGGACGUACUGCUGAGAGAAGCACAAGCCAGGAAAAAAGUGGAAAGAGAAUGUCGCCUCAUGCGAGAAACGUUCGAGGAGCAAGUGCAGAAAGAAGUCGCGUACCGCGAAGAACUCACCAAGCAGUUGCAAGUCGUGCGAGACGCCCUGUGCCAGGAACUGGACCAAGAACGGAAGGCUAGAUUCGCUGUUCAAGCCAAGCUGAAAGAGCUUUCCCUGCACUACCAGCAGAUGCAGCAGCGAAGCAUCAUUGCCGGUAAGCAGUGGAGCUGGCAAUGCUUACGUCCGCGAGCUGAUACCAGGCGGCAGUUGUCCCUGACAGCCCGUCUUCUCCCGCGUUCCGCAGACACGCACGACACGAUGCAGCAUCUCGCCUGCAAGAUGCUGGGCGCCAGGCACUGCGCCGAGUGCAGCUACAAGGCGGAGUGACGGAGCCAAGGCCUCGCGCAAGACUUCAUCGCGACAGAGCUGCAACGAUGAUGGACUGCGACCCGCUUGUGCCGAUCGCACCAGCGGCGGUCGACGACAGCAGCAGCGUGUUCCAUCGCUCCCGCACACCGAGGAGAACGCUGCACGGCGAGCUCCGCUUUCAGGCGGACGUUCAAGUCGCGUACUGUCCGCCGUGACUGCGUUGUGAGCGCCCUAGCCUCACCCUCAAGAUGAACGUGUACGCUUUAUUCAGUGUCGGGCACCUAAGAAAACGAGAGCGUGCCACACGUUUAGUUUUGUCCUCGGGCCAACUAGAGACGAGGCUGUAGAGAAAAGCUCAGUUAAAACGCGUCAACAUGUCCCGUAAAGUUAGCCCUUCUCUAUUUCUUGGCCUUUGUUCCACGAUGAUGAAUGUGCAGUGAACACCUUGUCACAGUAUUCAUAACGCACGCUCAACCAUUACUUAGCCUAAGUGGUAUGCUGACCUGCUCCGACAAUGGGUCGACGUAUUGCCGUGUGGACCCUGACUCAAUACAGAGUAAAGAGAAAAAACGUUUACAAGACAACCAACUACUAUACGGCUAACAAUUCUAAGUCCUCGCACCUAUCGCCUCUUUGGUUCGGACCUUGACGGCACGAUGAUUCAGACUAGGUCCGAACGAACAGUUACAGCACAGUUUGCGUCGUGCAUUCCUAACGUUUCACAACUAAGCUCCGGCUUCGUGACGACGAAGGUUGCAUUGGCGGAAAGUGUUAGAAAAAAUGUCUUUUCCCUCGGAUGUUCUAAACUUUGAUUUAUUAAGGACGACGAAAAGCAGAGCUUUCGCCAACCUUUGAAGCUUUCUUAAGCUACAGAGGUUGACGCCCGUUUGUAUUGUACGCAUCUGAUUGCGGGAAACGCGCUAGAGCAGACGCCUUCGUUGUCCGAUGAUGUUUUCUCGGAGCUGAAAGAUAUACUGAUGAUCAGCGAAAUGUGGGCGCGACGUUUUUGGUGAAAACGAUGAUAAAAACACUGCUGUCGGCAGCUACGAGGCUCCACUGUGUGACAGAAAAGAGGAAAUAGAAGGAAAGGCGUGGGAGAUAAAAUGAAAUUAGUUUGCUGCCCUACACGUGAGGAAAGAGAUGGGGUAGUGAAAUAGAGAAAGGAGAGCGAAAGAGAAAGAGAGAGAGAGAGAAGCCAAGAGUUCAGACCAAUCAAGCGCUCUGGACAAAAAGGCGUAGUGUGUCUACUGUCGGGUCACUUGAGUAUGUUGCCUUCAGGUACUGCAGAUGUGCUCGUGUUGCUUUAUGAGCCGAUGAGAGGUAAGACCAGAACACUAGUUUUCACUACGACCAUAACACUUGCAGAAGGGUGUUUCACAGCUUAAGAGUCAAGUUCCAGAUUGCCUGCAUUCCUAGAGAAUAUGAAUACAGAGAAUUCUUAGAGAGAAUGAAUAUGUGAACUAAGAAACGAAAAUCCAGAAGGCUAUCUGUCAGUCACAGACAGAUAUUUUUCUAGAUUUUCGUUUCUGCGUUCACAUACUCAUUCUCUAUGAGUGCUCGUAAUCUGAAACUUGACUUAACCACCGAACAUGCAGGAACGACGCGGCGUACGUCCAUGCGAAUACUGUCUGUUACGAGAGGUUGUUCCGAAGCCCUGCAUCUGGAUCAUUACUUUAACUGUGUCAUCGUACUACAGCAUUUCCUCGAGUUUUCAAACUCUGCUCAUUUAAACAUCUCAUUUUCGUAGCUCAAAAAAAAAAAAAAGUAAGAGUCUCGCAUGACAUGUGCUUAGAAUAGCUCCCACACUUGCACACACGAUCCGCCUGUUGCUCAUUUAAUUUAUAUGUAGGCACUGUUAUCACGUUCUCUUGAGAACGCUGCAACGUGGCAAGCCCGCACGCAAUUACAUGGGGCAUAUUGAGGCAUAUGCAGGAGGCGUACACGUUUGCUAGAUGGAGACAGCUGAAUUCUGACCCUCGCUUCAGCGCUAGCGUAUUGUCAGUCAAAUGAUGAUGACAUAUUGUCCGUCAAUUUAUCAGCAGUAAUAAACUGGACACAUGAAGUUUCAUUUCAAUCUUUCAGUUCCUUUUACCGCAAACAAUCAUUUGGCAAGCGACUAAAAUUUAUACCAAUAGCAUGCUGUAACAAAAUUAAUGACUACCUCCCGACUAUACUCCGCCUUCGUAUUUCUCGCCUGUGUAUUCAAAAAAAAUAUAAUAAAAAACCUUCCUCGUGAAAAUUAUUCUUGAUUUCGGCGUGCUGGAGGAUCAAAAAGCUAGGCGUAAGGUGUUUCAAGCCAGCGACUGCGCAUUCGACGUGGUCAAACAAGGUUAAGCAAAAUAAGGACUGAUUUUCCAAACGCGCAGACGACGCACGGACGAAAAAAUGAAACAUACGACAUCGAGUACUCCUGUCAUACCUGUUUUAUUAUAUUUUUUCUCCGCCCGUACGUCUGUCGUCUCGCUUUUGAAAAUCAGCUCUACGGUUUCCUUUCCUGGUACACACUGUCCUGUAUAUGCGAAACAGUUACAUGCGACCAGUGUAUACGAGCGAAUGAUCGUGCUGCCCCGUUUCACUUGACGGGCUGUUUUGCGUGUCAUACAAGUGCGCCAACCAAACGUUGAAGCAAAUAAAUCACUGGUGUUU